AUGAGAAUGUUGAAGUGGAAGCUCGGAUUCCGAUUUAAAGAAGAUCCGCCAGUAGUGCCAAUCUGGGUUGCUCUUUAUGAUCUCCCCAUUGAGUUCAUGCACCCGGAAGUCAUUUAUUCGAUGGCUACAGCUCUUGGUCAGCCAUUAAAAGUGGAUGCCCCAACAAUAAAUAUGACUAGAAGUGGGUCUUACCAAGGAUUUAUCAAAAAUGAGCCCGAUAAAAAUGUAGUUCCUGCCUUGAAGAAGAAAGGAUUUAAAAUAAAGUCGGCAAAGCCAAAGUGGCCACUCAAAGGAGGAAAAGCCAAGAAUGAUGCCUUAGAAGUGCAAAUCCUCAAUUCAAAUCCAUUGGUGGUCAAAGGAGUUGAGAUGCAAAUAGAUGAUGCACGAAUAGUUGAUGCGCACCCUAUGGAAGAAACCCUAGAUGCGCGACUUGUUAUUGCGCACCCUGCAGAAGAAACCCUAGCUGCGCAAUCCUUACUCGUGCACUCUGCGGAACAAGGCCUUGAGUCGCUCUGGCUGGAAUCUACUUCUGGAUUAUCAGCGUUGGAAAAGGAAGUGAUUCCGGUGGAUUUACAGGAAUCUCCAAUUAGAGAAGAUGCUGAACAUGCUCCUUCGCUGUUAAUAACGCAGUCUCUAGUGCAAUCUGAAAAUCGAUUUCCAGUUCUCCAAGAUAAGGAAGACGGUGACAUAGAUGACGAUGUGGAAAUUGUUUUUCCUGAAGACAAUAAUCAAGAGCAGCAGAACCAAGGCUGA